GAUAGCCACGGGUUUGGCUUGCUUGCUUACCUCCGCCCGAAGCCGCCAGAUGUGCCUUCUUAGAAUGACUGAUGAAGUCUAUUUGGCAAGCACGAUGUUCAUGAUGGAGGUUUAUGGCUCGUGGAUAGCCGCCGCAAACCGCAUUUCAACCUUUCCAAGUCCUCUUCCCGAGCAGUAUCUUCUAAGGUAGCCAACCUAUGUCCUAGAAUCAGCCGCCAGCACGAAUAUCAACAUGUCAGCCCUGCGCCCGUCAUCCUCGAGUACUCCAUCCUCGAGAGCGCAGGAUCAUGGAGAGCCUGAGGUCAUCCAGUUCGUCAACUGCCGCCUACUCCGAGACGGCAAGCUCGUCAAGGGAGAUCUCUGGAUAAACACCGAGAAUGGCACCAUUGGCUCUUCCAAACGAACCCCAGAUGCUGUCCGUGACCUCCAAGGAUGCAUCAUAGCCCCAGGCUUCAUCGACUGCCAAAUAAACGGCGCUAUUGGAUUCAACUUCUCAACCAUCCCCGACGACAUCUCCGACUAUCCUAAGCAACUUACCAAAGUCAACAAAUGGCUUGUCCAGACAGGAGUGACAUCUUACCUGCCCACCCUCACGAGCCAGCACAGCGAGGCCUAUCAUAAGGUUAUCCCAUUCCUCACCCCCACACCCCGACCAUCCCCAGACCGCGGCGCCUCAGUCCUAGGAGCCCACCUCGAAGGCCCUUUUCUAAGCCCACGCAAAUGCGGCGUCCACGACCGCUCCGUCCUCCGCACCGCCCAAUCCUACCAAGACCUCGACACGGUCUAUAACCUCUCCCGAGCCCCUCCCCACUCUGUCAAGAUGGUUACCCUAGCCCCUGAAGUCCUCCUCCAGGAAGGACCGGAAAUCAUCUCGAAACUCACCGGCGACGGCAUCGUCGUCUCGUUGGGACACACGGCAGCCUCGUACGAGAAAGCCCGCGAGGCACUCGCUGCUGGCGCGAGAAUGGUGACACACUUCUUCAAUGCCAUGCCCCCUUUUGGUCACCGCGAGUCGGAGCUUAGUAUCGCCAACAUCAUUAUCCCGGGGAGGAAUGAAGAAGCUCCCAGUUAUGGCAUUAUUGUUGAUGGGGUUCACAACCACAAGUCAGCGGUUAUGCUGGCGCACUCGGUGCAUCCGGAGGGGCUGAUCUUGGUGACGGAUGCGAUGCAUGUGCUGGGGUUGGGGGACGGGACGUAUCCGUGGCGGAAUGGGACCGAGAAGUCGAGUGUUGUCAAGUCUAGGGGGAGGGUGAUGACUCCGAAGAUGGAUGAGGAAAAGAGAGAGAGGAUGGUGUUGGCGGGGAGUGCGGUGACGUUGUUGGAGUGUGUGAAUAAUUUUUUGGGGUAUAUUGAUACGACGAGUGUUGGUUUGGAAGGGGAUGAGGGGGAGAAUGAGCAUAUCGUUUCGGCGUUGAUGGCGGUGACGGAGCGCCCGGCGAGGUUGUUGGGUUUGGAGGGGAGCAUUGGGACUUUGGAGGAUGGGACGGAUGGGGAUAUUGUUGUUUUGGAGAGGGUUACGGGGGAGGGGGGUGGGGGGAUGGUGUUGAAGUUGAGGGAGGUGUGGAAGCAGGGGAGGAUGGUUUUUGAGGGGGAGAAUUGGGGUGGUGUCUGGCGGCUUUAGGGAUGGGGGUUUUGGUUGAUGGGCAUUGUAGGAUAGAUUGUUGGUUUUGAAGAGUAAAUUACUGGGCUUUGGAGGACACUCGAUAGGCCAUGAGAACAUUUUAAAGAGGCCUGGAAUCCCAUACAGACUGUUUCUAAGGCUAUGCG